GUCCCUGGGCACCUCAGAGACCCCUGGGCCCGAAGAGGCCACCCUGACCUCAGUGCUGCACUCGGGAGCCCAGGAGGCCCGGAGGCUGGGCCUCAUCACCCAGGAGCAGUGGCGUCGCUAUCACUGGUCAGUCAUUGAGUGGGAGAUAGACCGGGGCCUGUUGAGCUGGAUGGAUGGAGACCAGGGGGCCACCGUCUUCCUGAGAGAGAUCCAAGACCUCAACAAACACAUCCUGGAAGACUGUGCCCUCAAGAUGGUGGACCGGCUCCCCGAUGGCUGCCUGGACACAGACGCCCAGAACCUUCUCCAGGGCCUCAAGGGACGCAUUGCCGACACGCAGCCCGGGGUUCUCAAGGCCCACCACCUGCCAUGGAGCCGCGACCUGGUGAACCCUAAAAACAAGGCUCAUGCUCGGUACCUGAAGGAGCUGGGGGAGCAGUUUGUGGCCAGGGCUAACCACCAGGUCCUCGAGCACCUCCGGGAGCUGGAGGCGGCCAGGCAGGACUUGGCGUGGCUCUACCAGGAGAUCCGCCACCACCUGGCGCUGAGUGCCGAGGCCAAUCGGGCUUUCUGUGGGCGCCAGGAGCUCCUGAGCCAGCUGGGGCAGCAGCUCCGCCAGAGCGACGGCCACCCGCACUCGCUGCUGGUGCUCUUCGGACCCCCGGGCAUCGGGAAGACGGCUCUGAUGUGCAAGCUGGCGGAACAGAUACCGGGGCUGCUCGGCCGCAAGACAGUGACGGCCCUGCGGCUCCUGGGGACGUCACAGAUGAGCUCCGAUGCCCGCGGCCUGCUGCAGAGCAUCUGCUUCCAGGUGUGCCUGGCCUACGGGCUGCCCCUGCCCCCUGCCCAGGUCCUGGAGGCCCACACCAGGGUGGUCCAGUUUUUCCACACCCUCCUCCACACCGUCUCCUGCCGAAACUUCGAGUCCCUUGUCAUUCUGUUGGACUCCGUGGACGACGUGGAGUCCAUCCGCCGUGCCCGGAGGGUCCCCUGGCUGCCUCUCCAGUGCCCCCCCAGGGUCCACCUCAUCGUCUCAGCCUGCUCAGGGGGCCAGGGGAUGCUAGACACCAUGAGGCAGAUGCUGACAGACCCAGAGGCCUACUGGGAGGUGAAACCCCUCUCCGGAAAUCAAGGGCAAGAGAUGGUUCAGCUCCUGCUGGCAGCCUCGAGGAGGACACUGAGCCCGGGGCAGACGGAGCUGCUCUGGGCCAGCCUCCCAGAGUGUGGGCACCCAGGGCGGCUGAGGCUGGCCUUUGAGGAGGCCCGGAAAUGGGCCUCCUUCACCAUACCUGCCCCCCUGGCCUCCACUGCUAAGGAAGCAAUGCACCAACUGUGUGCCCGUCUGGAGCAGACACACGGGCACCUCCUGGUGGCCCAUGUGCUGGGCUACAUCGUGUCUUCCCGGCACGGGCUCUCAGAGGCAGAGCUGAAGGAUGUCCUGUCCCUGGAUGACGAGGUCCUGCAGGCCGUCUAUCAGGACUGGACCCCGCCCAGCAAGGAGCUCCUGCGUUUCCCACCGCUGCUCUGGGUACGGCUUCGUCGGGAUCUGGGCCACUGCUUGGCCCGGCGGCCCGUGGACGGCUUCACGCUCCUGGCCGUGGCCCACAGGCAGCUGGCCGAGGUGGUCCAAGAGCGUUACCUGUCCGGCGCUGAGAGGGCCAGGAUGCACGGGGUCUUGGCUGACUUCUUCUCAGGGGCCUGGAGUCAGGGCACCAAGAAGCUCAUCACCCUGCCGCUCGUGGGGAAGCCCCUGAACCUGGACCGCAUGGUGGCCCCUCAGCCUCUGUGGUUCUCAGACACCGUCGCAAAUCUGCGGAAGCUGAAGGAGUUGCCUCAUCACCUGGUCCACUCAGGCCGCCUUGAGGAGCUGAAGCAGGAGGUUCUGGGCAGCAUGAACUGGAUCUCCUGCCGCGCCAUCGCUGGAGGCCUCGACAGCCUGCUGGACGACUUUGACCUGUAUGCCCCUUACCUGGACUGUCCGGAGGUCGGCCUGGUCCGGGAAGCCCUCCAGCUGUGCCGCCCAGCCGUGGAGCUCCGAGGCAUGGAGAGGAGCAUCCUGUAUACAGAACUCCUGGCCAGACUCCACUUCUUCACCACCUCCCAUCCGGCCCUGGUGGGACAGCUGUGCCAACAGGCCCAGAACUGGUUCCGGAUGUGCCCACACCCUGUGCUGGUACCCUUGGCGGGAUUCCUCCAGCCCCCGGGGGGACCCCUCCGGGCAACCCUCACCGGCUGUCACAAGGGUAUCACCGCCAUGGCAUGGAGCGUGGAAGAGAAGCUGCUGGUUGUCGGCACCCAGGAUGGCGUGGUGGCCGUGUGGGACACGGAAGAGGAGCAGGUGACUCAUAUACUAACAGGACACACAGGAGAGGUGAGGGAUGUGAAGGUGUUUGCCAAAGGGACGCUUGCCCUCUCUGCUUCAAAGGACCACACACUACGCUUGUGGCAUCUACUGUCCGGCCAGGAGAAAUUCACCAUUUGGGAUGGGGGCUCAAAAGAUCCCACUCAACCUGAGACCUGGAGUCUUCACUUGGAUGAAACAAAGAAAGUUGUGUAUUUGGCAACUGGCUCAAAGGUCAGUGCGUGGAACCUAGAAACCGCACAACUGGUAUUCCGCAUCCCGGGAGACCCCUCCGACGGCUGGCUGCUCACCGUAGCGCUGGCUUCCCGGGCCGUGCUGCUCACCGUGUCGCAGCGUGGCGUGGUCAGUCUGUGGAGCUCAGCCACAGGGAAACCGCAGGGGAGGCAACCUUUAUCUGGGAUCAAGGAGGAAACACCUACCUGCGGGGUCUCGGUCCAGAAGCAAGGGAAGAUGGUCACCGGGUUUAGCAAGGGCUCCAUCUGUCUGAUUUCCCCCGAAGGAGACAGCCUGCUGGAGAAGCUUCCAGAAGCUGUGAGGUUCCUGAUAGUCUCUGAAGACGAGUCCCUUCUCGCUGCAGGGUUUGGAAGGUCCGUGCGGAUAUUCUUGGCAGAUUCAGAGGGGUUUCAUCGAUUCAUGGCCACCGACCUUGAACAUGAGGACACCGUGGAGACAGCCAGUUUUGGUCCUGAGAACAAUCUGAUUGUCACUGGGUCCCGGGACGCACUCAUUCAGGUGUGGAGUCUGUCGGAACAGGGGACCCUGCAGGAUGUUCUGGAAGGCGUCGGGGCCCCUGUGAGCCUGCUGGCCUGGGGCGGGGCCUUGGUGGCAUCUGCUUCCCGGCAGUCCUCAUCUUGUAAAGUCUGGGACCUCACGUCUGCUGAGAAGCCGAGGGCCUGUACUCCAUUUCUGGAUCGCACUGGCCUCACCGCAGUGUCACACAACGGAAGCUACGUCUACUUCCCCAAGACUGGGGACAAGAACAAAGUCACCGUUUGGGACUCAGCGGAAGGUGAGGAGAAGGACGCCCUGGACACCUCCAAUGAGGUCAGGUGCCUGGAGGUGGCCCAGCAGGCCAAUCUCCUCUUCACCGGCCUCGUUUCGGGGGUCGUCCUGGUGUUCCCCCUGAAUUCCAGACAGGACGUGAUGUGCAUCCCCCCUCCCGAGGCCCGGAAAGCCAUCAACUGCAUGGCCCUGAGUCAAGGCGAGGAGCACCUGGCCAUCGCCUACGACAGCAUCGUCCUGGUGCUGGACAUCAGCCCCGGGGACCCCUGUCCAGUUAUCGACGGGCCAACAUACACCUUCUACACCCAGUUGCCCGAGACCAUCUCCAGUGUGGCCGUCCUGGCUGACUACCGUGUGAUCUACGGCAUGACCAACGGCGACCUCUUCCUUUACGAGUGCGCCAAUUCCAAAGUGUUCCCUCUGGAGGCUCAUGGGAGCCGGGUCACCUGUGUGCAGGUCAGCCACAAGGAGCAGCUGGCGGUCAGCGGAUCCGAGGAGGCCCUGCUGUGUCUCUGGGACUUGCAGUCCUGCAAGUGGAAAUUCGAGAUAAGCUGCACGAAUUCUUACUGUAGAGGAGUCCAGUGUGUCUGCUUCUCCAAAGAUGACAAGUACGUGUACGCAGGCUUGAAGGAUCGCUCCAUAAUCGUCUGGAGUGUGCUGGAUGGCACCCUGCUGGCUGUCCAGUUUGUUCACGCCGUGGUGAACAGAAUCAUCCCAACUUCCAACGGCUUCAUCGCCCCCACGAGACACGGCUACCUCAUCCGCGAGCGUUUCCAGUGCCCUACGUCAAGAGCCUCGCAGCAGGACCCUCUCAAGAACUUCAAGAGGGCAGUGUGGAAGGUCAAAUGCAGGCAGAGAGAAGAACUGGCAGCUGUUGUAGGAGGCCUCCAGGACUCGAGAUCUGCAAGCGCCCAGGGAAGUGAACGCAAAUCGAACAAACGCUCACAGGUCUGCCUGCUAGUAUAGAACACGCCCCUCCUCCCCCACCCCACCCCCACCCCCCAAUACCCCCACCCCCGCUGUGGGGCAGCGGACUCCAGGGACUUAGCCCCCAUUCAGUCUGGCUGAAGCAAAGAGAGUGUACGUGUUGAUGUAUAUCCGGACCCAAAGCCUCAGAUUAUAUGACUCAGACCCUGUUUCACACCAUCUUUCCGCUCCUCUCUCCUCCUGUUGGCUGCGUUCCAAGGCCUGCCACCCCCAGGUUAGCAGCACGACAGCCAAGUUCAGUAGAAGAGAGACCUUCCCUUCGCCAGCAGUCUGGACUACGGUGCUGGCCCCGAUUCGAUUGGCCCAGCGGGCCCAUGCACCUGCCUCUGGGAGAAUGCAGCGCUGUGACUGGUCGGCCUGAUAGCGUGUCCCCAGGGGCUGAGGGUGGAGUCAAUACUGCCCAGCCCUGUUGCCCAAGAGUGGGUGGGGGGGCUGCGCCCGGAGAGAAACCGGGGUGUGGUACAGGGCAGAGGGAGAUGGACAGAUGUAGGACUCCUCAAACCACAGAUGUGGACCACAGAGCUUUGUAAUGACUUUGGAAAGCAUCAGGUGCUAUUGUCUGAUCCUUAUCACAGCCCACACGUCAGGGAGGGUAGGAGUUUCUGCAUCCAUUUCACAGACAAGGACACUGAGCCUUGGCAGGUAGCUGUGAUUUGCUUACGUUCACAAGCCUGGGAUGCAGCGGCUCUGAGAGACGAGAGCCAGGAGCUUUCUCGUCUCAGUCCUGUAGGACCACCUCGCUCCAAUUUUAGUCUCAGAAACGUGACCUCCUGUACCACAGGUGACACACUCAAACGCCCACGGGGACCAGUGGAUAAUCUAGAUGAUCACCAGGGGCCCCGGUGAGCAGCAGAGAGUGGUGGAGACGGUGGGGACUUGUGGAGGACACAUGCCUCUGCCCUGGGUGGGCACGGGCACGGGCACCCUGACUCUACCCCAGAAUGGCCGCAGGGAACGCAGCUCGUCGGUGCCAGCUUCCUGUCGCUCUAAACAAAGCCAGAAACCCCGACUUUUGCGUCAAAUGUUUCC